AUGCUGCCGGUUCUCUGCUCUCUCCUCGCCGCUCUCUCAUGUGUCAGCGGUGUGAUCAUGGUGACCCAGAAUCCUCCUGUUCUCACGCUGAGGAAAGGAGAAAACGUCACCAUUCACUGUAACCUGGGAACUGUUACUAAUGAUGCUCGAUGGUACAAGCAGGUUUCAGGAGAAGCUCCUCACUCGUCCCCACCGCCUCUCCUCCUUCAUCUGCUCCUCGAGCUCCUCGUCUCUUCUCUCAGCACCAGAGUCCCAUCAGACGCCUCCGAGAUGCUGCCGGCUCUCUGUUCUCUCCUCGCCGCUCUCUCAUGUGUUAGCGGUGUGAUCGUGGUGACCCAGAAGCCUCCUGUUCUCACAGUGAAGGGAGGAGAAAAGAUCACCAUGCACUGUAACCUGGGAACUGUUACUGGUAGUGCUGCACGAUGGUACAAGCAGGUUCCAGGAGAAGCUCCUCAGUUUGUGUUAAGAAAUUAUCAUGAAUGGAGCUCUCCUAGGUAUGGAUCUGGUUUCUCGGCUCCUAAAUUCACAUCCACACACUCGUCCCAGUCUGAUUACACUCUAAUAAUCAGUAACGUGGAGGUCGGAGAUUCUGCAGUGUAUUACUGUCACACAUAUGAUAGCUCUGCUAAUGAGGAGGUAUCACACACUGUGGUAUUCGGCCAAGGAUCAAAGCUGAUAGUGGAAGACGCCGCUCAGCCGCCUCCUGUCGUGACGCUUUUCCCUCCGUCCGAUGAAGAGCUGAAGUCCAGCAAAGCCACUCUAGUGUGUGUGUCUCAGCACAUGUCUAGAGGUUUUGCUAACGUGCGCUGGUUGGUGGACGGGAGCGCGGUCACCAGCGGAGUCACGACUGGAUCCGCAGUGCAGCAACCCGAUAAGAAAUUCAGCCUGAGCAGCUAUCUGAGCGUGGACAGCUCAGAGUGGAAGAACCAGGACAGAACCUUCAUCUGUGAAGUGUCUGCUGGAACACAACCUGCGUCAGUGAAGCUGAAGAGGUCCGAAUGCGGCACUAGAACCUGAUCACCUGAUCCUUUUACAGCUUUUCCUUCUCUGAUGGAGCUCAGAGAUCUUGUAGAUGAAUGUGUAGUGAGACAUGUGUAGUAGAUUUUAUUAUGCAGAACCAGAUCAGCUCCUGCAUGGAAGCAGAACUGGUGAAUGUGAAUAAAGUGCAGAUCUAACCUAGA